GAGCUCGACGAAGACGUCGACAGCGUCGUCAUCGACUGCGACGGCGUCGUCUGGAACGGCGACGCGCUGAUACCGGGGGCGAAAGCGGCGAUAGAGGCGCUGCGGGCGAAGAAGAAGAGGGUCUUUUUCGCGACGAAUAACUCGACCAAGUCGCGAGCGCACUACGCGGCGAAAUUCGCGUCGCUGGGUGUGGACGUGUCGAAAUAUGAGAUAUACACGUCGGCGUACGCGGCGGCGAUGUACCUGAAACAGCGAAGGUUCGAUGAGAUCGAGGACGGGGACGACGCGGAGCCGCGCGGGGAACACGGAGAACGAGUCGGAGACGCGCGACAGAAAAAGGUGUACGUGAUCGGUGAGAGAGGCGUGAUGGAGGAGAUGGAGGAGGCGGGGAUUGAUGUUGAGGCGGGGGUGUACGACAGCGUGCGGUGCACGGGGAGAGAUUGGGAGGAGAUGGAGGAGUGGUUGGAUCCGGAGAACGACGUCGGGGCGGUGGUGGUUGGGAGCGAUUCCGCGUUUACGUUUGCGAAAUUGGCGUACGCGUCGCUGCAGAUACAGCGCGGGGCGCUGUUCAUCGCCACGAAUCCCGAUGCGGGGGAUAAGAUUGGUCGAGCGCUGUAUCCAGGGGCGGGCGCGAUCGUGAACGCGGUCGCGACGGCGUGCGGCGAGCAGCCGGAAAUUUAUUGCGGCAAGCCGAGCUCGUUCAUGUUGGAUUUGCUCUGCGAGCACACCAACAUCGACAUGUCCCGCACGCUCGUCGUCGGCGAUAGAAUAGACACCGACAUUGCGUUCGGCAAGGCGGGUAAAGCCGGGCUCACCGCCCUCGUGUUCACCGGCGUCACCGACUCUGAACAGCUC